UCCCAAAUGUCAUCAGCGCAAUGAAUGAGACGCGAUGGGAAAUCUCUAUAGAGAGAGAAAAGACUUGUUUCGUUAUCAGAUGAGUUGCAACUGUCCGUUGACCACGUCCGCAGGACCCACUUUGGCCUCGACGUGCGGCGGCGCGUCCUUCAUGCUCUUCAUGGGGCUGCUCGAAGUCUUCUUGCGUAGCCAGUGCGACCUCGAGGACCCGUGUAACAGGCCAGCGCCGCCGAGCAGCGUCAACACGAGAUACGAUUUCGUAGUGAUCGGAGGCGGUAGCGCUGGUGCGACCGUCGCGGCCAGAUUGUCGGAGGAGCCGAGAUUUUCCGUAUUGUUGCUGGAGGCCGGAUUGGAUGAGCCGACCGGCACCCAGAUACCCUCGUUCUUCUUCAAUUUCAUCGGUAGCGAUAUCGACUGGCAGUACACCACCGAGAGCGAGGACGACGCUUGCUUGAACAAGGAACACAGAAAAUGUUACUGGCCUAGAGGAAAAGUUCUCGGCGGUACGAGUGUCAUGAACGGGAUGACGUACAUGAGAGGAUCGCGCAAGGAUUACGACGACUGGGCCCGGCUCGGCAACGUCGGAUGGUCCUAUCGCGACGUCCUACCGUAUUUUAUACGGAGCGAGGAUAAUCAACAAGUGAACACCAUGGAUUACGGCUUUCACGGGGUCGGCGGGCCACUCACGGUCAUGCAGUUUCCUUAUCAUCCGCCGUUGAGUUUCUCUCUCCUCGAGGCCGGAAAGGAACUGGGAUACGACACGGUCGAUCUGAACGGACGGGUUCACACCGGGUUCGCCAUAGCGCAGACCACGUCCAGGAAUGGCUCGCGGCUCUCCACGGCGCGCGCCUUCCUUCGCCCCGCUCGGAAUCGCCCGAAUCUCCACAUAAUGCUGAACUCGACGGCGACGAGGAUCCUCUUCGACGAGAACAACCGGGCGGUCGGCGUCGAGUUCGCUCACGACGGAAUGAUGAAACAAGUGUCGGUGGCGAAGGAGGUGGUCGUGAGCGGAGGUGCCGUUAACUCGCCGCAAAUCCUCUUAAACAGCGGUAUAGGGCCUCGAGAGGAGCUCAAUGCGGUCGGUGUACCGGUUGUUCGUGAUCUCCCGGGUGUCGGCAAGAAUCUUCACAAUCACGUCGCCUACGCGCUGACCUUCACCAUCAACGAUACCGACACCACUCCUCUCAAUUGGGCGACCGCCAUGGAGUACUUGCUCUUCAGGGACGGUCUGAUGUCCGGCACAGGAAUAUCCGAGGUGACGGCAAUGAUAAACACUAAGUACGCGGAUCCGAGGGAGGAUCAUCCCGAUGUGCAGCUAAUCUUCGGCGGUUACCUGGCUGAUUGCGCGGAGACUGGUAUGGUGGGCGAGAAGAAGGGCACGAACCGCAGCAUCUACGUCAUCCCGACUAUCCUGCAUCCGAAGAGUCGCGGUUACCUACGCUUACGAAACAACGAUCCUCUCUCGAAGCCGCUGAUCUACCCCAAAUACCUGACUCAUCCCGACGACGUGGCCGCUCUCGUGGAAGCCGUUAAGUUCAGCGUUCGAUUAUCGGAGACCCAGGCGCUCAAAAGGUACAACUUCGAACUGGACCGAACUCCCGUGAAGAACUGCGAGCAUCUCAAGUUCGGCUGCGACGCUUACUGGGAGUGCGCGAUUCGUCACGACACCGCGCCCGAGAAUCAUCAGGCGGGAUCAUGCAAAAUGGGACCGCCAGACGAUGCGAUGGCCGUGGUUGACAAUCAGCUGCGAGUCAGAGGAGUGCGAGGCGUGAGAGUGGCCGACACGAGCAUCAUGCCGAAGGUGACGUCUGGCAACACGAACGCGCCGGCGAUCAUGAUCGGUGAAAGAGCGGCGGACUUCAUUAAGAAGACCUGGAUCGGCUGAUUCGAAAUUGUUUAAUCAAACGAUUCGAUUGCAUCGCCCUAUUACCAUUUCGCUAAAGAGACAUUGUGUUUCUCACACAGAUAAAUAAUUGAAAGAAAUCGUAAAGGAGCUUAGAAAAAAAACGUAGAAUAUUUAUGUAAGAAAGUAAAAAUAUAU